AUGGUGAGAUCAUCGCCAAGAAGAGGACAAAGAUCAAAGGGAUUAAAGGUGAAACAUUGUGUUCAGUUGACAGUUUUGCUUUGUGUUGGAAUAUGGCUGAUUUAUCAGAUGAAGCAUUCACAUGAGAAGAAAGCUGUGUUUAAAGAGACUAGUGGUAAGAUUCUUGUUGGUGAUGAUAAAAUCGCGAGUCUUGGAAGGAAAGAUCUUAUUAACCCGAGAGUCGAGGAAACGAAGGAUGCUAAGGAUGAGGAAGUGGGAGAAGAUGAGAGUGUUGAGAGGGAGGAAGAAAAAGGCGAGGAGAAAUCGAUAGAUAACGAGGAGAAGGAAAUCGAAGGUACGGGGAAUGAAGGAAACAAUGAAGAGAGCGAGAAAGUGAUUGAUGAGAGUGAAGGUGGGAACGAGACGAGUAAUGAGGAAGCUAGGGAGAAGAAUUAUAAGGGUGAUGAUGCGUCGAGUGAGGUUGUGCAUGAGACGGACGAGGAGAAGAAGGUGGAAGUUGAGGGAGAAAGUAAAUCUAACAGUACUGAGAAUGUUAGUUUCCAUGAAGACGAGUCGGGUCCAAAGAUUGAGAAUGUUAUUAAGAAUGUUUCUUCGAACACAACUGAAGACAAUGGGGAGAUAGGUAGUGAUGAUGGUGAGAAACAAGAGAGGAAGGUAGAAGCUGAGGAGAAUAGUGGUUCAUCGCGAGGUAACGAGACUGAUGAAACAAAAGCUGAGAGUGAGAGUGUGGUGUUGGAGAAAGGGUUCUCUGAUUCUAAUGGUGAAUUUCCUGAGAGUAACCAGUCAACUUCCAAUGCAACUGGAACUACGGAAUCAACUGAGAAGAGCGGUGAUGGAGAUGAGAGCGGGAAAUCCGUUGGUUAUCAAGAAACGAAAAACGAAGAAGAGGAGAAAGAAAAGGGGCAAUCCUCUGAACUCUCAUCUGAAGAGGAAAGCAAAAACAAAGAAUCCGAGAAAAAGGAGACCGAAGAAUCCUUACCCCAAGAGGAAAGCAAAGAGGAAGAACCUGCGAAAAAGGAGAAAGAAGAGUCUUUGUCCCAAGAGGAAGGCAAAGAGGAUGAACCCGCGAAAAAGGAGAAAGAAGACUCUUCGUCCCAAGAGGAAAAUAAAGAAGAAGCCGAGAAAAAGGAGAAAGGAGAGGCUUUGUCCCAAGAAGGGAAUGAGAGCAAAGAAACCGAAAAAGGGGAGAAAGAAGAGUCUUCGUCUCACGAGGAGAAUGAUAACAAAGAAACCGAGAAAAAGGAGAAAGAAGAGUCUUCGGAAUCUCAGGAAACCGAAAAUGCCAACACUGAGAAGAAGAUUGAACAGGUGAGAUCUGCUGAUUCUACAAACACACAUGAGAAGAGUGACGGACAAAAAACCGAUGAAAGCAAGAGUGAAUCCGGCAAUGAUCAAAGCAAAUCAGAUUCUGAUAAAAAGGAAACAAAGGAUGAUACUACGAAAACAGAGUCAGAGAAAGAGGAAAACAGCAAAAGUGGUGAAACAGAGGAGUCCCAAAACGAUCAAGAACAUACCAAAUCCAGUUUGGUUAAUAGUCUCCCUCAAGAUGUUAAGGAUGUUCGAACUGAUCUGGAAACUCUUCCCGAAUCCAGCAAUGGAUUGACCAACGACAGAGUCGCUGCUGAGUGA